AUGCAGUUCACCGUCGCUUCUGCUCUGGUCAUGGCCACGGCCGUCUCCGCCGGCAUCAACGACCACGCCCACUUCCACUUCCGUCGUGACAACUCCACCGUCGGAGAGCAGCAGACCACAAUCACCGUCAAGACCACCCAGAUCCACACCAUCACCAGCUGCGCCGCCACCGUCACCAACUGCCCUGCCGCCACCGACUCCUCCGCCCUCGCCGCCCUGCCCUCGUCGGAGCAGUCGGUCGUCAUCGUCACCAGCACCGUCGACAUCGCCACCACCGUCUGCCCCGUCGCCGACGCCGAGGAGGUCUCCUCCUCUAUCCUCUCCUCCCACAGCGAGGCUGAGGCUACCGCCACCGCCACGCCCACCGCCCCCGUCGCUGGCGCCCCCGUCGCUGGCGCCCCUACCCCCAUCUUUACCUCCAUCCCCAGCAACGGCACUGCCACCGGGGGUAACUCUGGCACUGGUACCGGCACCGGUAACUCUGGCACCGGCUCCGGUACCGACUCUGGCAACGCUGGUUCCGGUUCGGGCACCGACUCUGGCAACACUGGCUCUGGCUCNACCGACUCUGGCAACGCUGGUUCCGGUUCGGGCACCGACUCUGGCAACACUGGCUCUGGCUCCGGUACCGGCGCCCAGACCUCCACCUUCACCGGCACCAAGACUGCCACUGCCACCCUGACUCUCUCCUCCAAGGCCGCCGCCACCUCUGCCGCCUCUGCCGGCUCCGGCUCCGGCUCCGGCUCUGACGCGGAUACCGACACCUCCAACAGUGGCACCGGUUCCGGCUCUGGCUCUGGCUCUGGCUCCGGCGACUGCGCCGCCGCCGAGACCGUCACCGUCACCGCCCCCGCCUCAACCGUCUACGUCACCGUCAACGCCGACAACAGCGCCAUCGCCACCUCCACGGCCGCCGCCCCUGCUGCCGAGACCGGUACCGCCGGGACCGGUGACGCCGACGCUGGUGAUGAUGCCGACGCCGACGACGACGUCGACGACGACGAUGAGGACUGCGAGGAUGUCCCGGCCACUACAGCCACUGCUCCCGCCCCCUUCCCCACCGGUAACAACGGCACUGUCCCCGCUGGUGCCGCCGCUCCUUCCGGCUUUGCCCGUCUCGUCCGGUAA